AGCCAAUGAGCGCAGCACUUUUCAUUUGACAACAUGUCAGGUUGCUAUCUAGUUAGCUAGCCAGCCUGCAGGAUAAAUUCAUUCACGAUGGAAAGAAAUAAAUAGAUACAGGUUAUUUAACAGCGAUUAAGAAGAUAUGGUGUUGCAACGUGAACGAUUGUCUUGCUUUUAGCUGAGUCGCUUCAGUCAAAAGUCAUCGAAAGCAGCACAAUCAAAAGAGAAGACUGAGAGCGUGCCAUGGCGGCUGGUGUUAGCCUGCUGACUGAUGUUCCCUACUCCUCCUCUGGGGACCUCAACACAGGCAGCAGCAUGAACACAGUCAGUACUCGGGUCCCCACAGCCAAGUACACCAAGGUGGGGGAGACUUUGAGACAUGUGAUCCCAGGUCACAUGCAGUGCUCCAUGGCGUGUGGAGGGAGGGCCUGUAAAUACGAGAACCCGGCCCGCUGGAGUGACAAGGAGCAGGCCGUUAAGGGACUGUACUCCUCAUGGAUAACUGACAACUUGCUGGCGAUGGCAAGGCCUUCUACUGAAAUACUUGAGAAAUACAAUAUCAUUGAGCAGUUUACAAGGUGUGGCCUUCGUACGGUGAUCAACCUGCAGCGUCCCGGGGAACACGCCAGCUGUGGUAACCCUCUGGAACAUGACUCUGGAUUCACCUACAGACCUGAGAUGUUCAUGGAGGCUGGCAUUUAUUUCUAUAACUUUGGCUGGAAGGACUACGGCGUGGCAUCCCUGACUACUAUACUGGACAUGGUAAAGGUGAUGUCGUUCGCCAUCCAGGAGGGAAAGAUGGCCGUGCACUGUCACGCCGGCCUCGGGAGGACAGGUGUGUUACUGGCGUGUUAUCUGGUCUUCACCUCUCGUAUGAGUGCGGACCAGGCCAUCCUGUUUGUCAGAGCCAAGCGGCCCAACUCCAUCCAGACCCGAGGCCAGCUGCUGUGUGUCCGGGAGUUCGCCCAGUUCCUGGUUCCGUUGAGGAACGUGUUCUCCUGCGCAGAACCCCGGGCCAACGCCGUUACGCUGUCCCAGUACCUGACUCGCCAACGCCACCUUCUGCACGGGUACGAGGCGAGGCAGAUGAAGAACGUGCCAAAGAUCGUCCAGCUGGUCUGCAAGGUCCUCCUGGACAUCGCUGCCAAUAGACAGGUGGUGGUGGAGGAGGAGGUGUUGGAGGUCCCAGACCUGACAGCGGAGGUGGAGAAGACAGUGUCCCAGCAGGCCAUUCAGCUGCUGGGGAAGGAGAUGAGAGGGAAGGGCAUCCCUGUGCCUUCAGCCCACCUGGCUGGUCCCCGCCCUGAGACAGCCCUAAGCCAGCCUUGUCCACGCCCUGAGACAGCCCUAACCCAGCCUUGUCCACGCCCUGAGACAGCCCUAACCCAGCCUUGUCCACGCCCUGAGACAGCCCUAACCCAGCCUUGUCCACGCCCUGAGACAGCCCUAACCCACACACUACACAUGGAACGACCUCUCACUCCAAACCUAGCACUACUCCAUGAACCAUCGUUACUCUUAGAGCCCCCUCUCAGCCCCGCCCUGGCCCACGACCCAGUUCUGUCCAAUGACCAGGAGCUGGACCGUCUGUGGCAGCGGCAGAACAGGGUGGCAGCCUCCCUCCUGAAGCCUCUGCAGCCGGGGAAACGCUUGCUGAGCUACAGUGACUCAGCCCUGUAUAAGCUAGAUCCCAGGCGAGACCCAGACCAGGAGCAGAACCAGGUCUGGAACAUCCCUUGCUGCAAUCCUCUGACCCAACACCAUUUAGCCACAGCCUGGGAGCCCCCCGCAUCCCUUAGCCUCCCUCCACAGCACCACCCCUUCUCCAUGGGAGAGCAGACAAGGGACGAGAGGCGAGGAGGACAGGACAGGAGUUCCAAGGAGAGGGAUCACCAAACUCAGAAGAACAUGUCUCCUCUCUUCCAGAGACGGAAGCAGCUCUGUGAGGGCCAGCGAAGUCUGUCCUUUGGGUUUGGGGGUAGUCUGUCUAAACCCUCAGGAGAAGAGCUGUCAGAGGGGAGGCCGUGGAGAGGAGAUAUGCCUGUGAUGAGCCUUACAAGAGGAGAGGAGUCUGUGUGUGGGGUAGACAGGGCUGGAGACAGAGAGGAAAAAGAGAGGGGGAAGGACGGAGAGGACCCUGUCGUCGUCCUGUAUGCUGAUCUGUCCCUGGAAGCCAGACGUCUGCUGGUGGCCAGAGCUCUGGCUUUGGGCCUGAAUGAUGAAGAUCUCCACUACAAGGUCUCAGUGUGGCAGACAGAGCUGAACUCCAGAGAAGGGGCCUGGGAGAGGCUGAGUCUAGAGAGAGACCCUAUGGUGCUGGCUGGACUCAUGUGGUCCUGGCUGGAGCAGCUCAAAGAGCCAAUCAUCUCCUCUCAGGAUGUCCAGGCCCUGGGCCAGAAAAACUACAACUCCCAGCAUGCACUCAACUCUCUGGAGAAGGGCCACAGACUGACCCUGCUCUGCAUCCUGGACUGUGCUGCUCAUCUGCUGGCCUUACCUGACAAGGAGGAAGCUGACUUCCUCAAUCACACCAUCAAGGUCUUCACUAAGAUCUCCUCAGAGAGUGACCAUGUUCUACACCAGACGCUGAUAGCUACCCUGACUCCCGUCCUGCAUCAGCUGAGAGAAAGAGCAGAGGGGGAGAUGGAGUCUACCAACCACUCGUCCUGAUAUUUCCCUCGGACCUCCUCGCUCCUCUCCUUUCCUCUCCCCCCCCCCCUGUUCUUUGCUUCUAGUUUAACCCAGCUCUGUUCUGACUAGCUAACCUCUUUCCUGCCUCUCCUCCCCCUCUUUCUCUCUCCUGGCCUCAUUAGUCCAUUGUUGACAUAAGCAAAAUAGUUUGGGACUGUCAGCAAUCAAGUUUUGAAGAUAUGUAACUUUCAAAAUGCAUCAUAUGGGGAUGAUUUCUGUAUUUGAAAGUUACAUAUCUUGGCAAAAUAGUUUGGGACUAUGUCAACAAUUGACUAAUGAAACAAAUCCCAGAAGAUCGUUUUCCAUUAAGGUCUGUCCUGACGAGCUAACGGACCUUCUGCGCUGCGUUCUCUACUGUUACCAAGCUUUAGAUGUCAUACAACAUCAUCAUUAUUUCAACGUGAUGUGAUUUCAGCAUCAAGCUUGGUUUGUGUUUGUUUUUUAGCUAUUUUUUUUUAGCUAUAGUUUUGUUAGUUUUUUAAUGUAAAACUGCCAUUCUGUGUUAAUGUGCCAGGUGAUGUUUCAGCUACAUGUCUUAGUGUUUCUGACCUACUACUGUAGAUGAUGCUGUGGAAAUGGAUGUUAGACCCAAUAGCACCCUAUUCCCUAUAUAGUGCACUACUAUAGACCCAGAGCCCUAUUCCCUAUAUAGUGCACUACUAUAGACCAGGGCCCUAUAUAGUGCACUACUUUAGACCAGGACCCUAUUCCC